CGACUCUGGCGGUCCACUCAUUUCGACGUUACCUGGAGAAAAUGGCGGCGUGUUUUCUGCUAAGACGUGUUUCUGCAAACUUAACUAAUUCCCUGCCCCGGGCUUUGCAUCCAAAUGCUUUCUCUCCUGCGCGACUUUGUGCGAGGACAUGUUUCAGACGAGAUCUGUCACUGACUCCGCGCUUUUGUACAGCACUGAGGUUCACAAAUAAGCAUGAGUGGGUGCGAGUGGAAAAUGGCACAGGCACUGUAGGCAUCAGUAACUUUGCUCAGGAAGCUUUGGGUGAUGUGGUCUACUGUGGGCUCCCUGAUGUUGGCACAAAACUCUCACAGUCAGAAGAGUUUGGUGCUCUGGAAAGUGUGAAGGCAGUGAGCGAUCUGUACUCUCCUUUAACAGGAGAGGUGACUGAGAUUAACCACGCUCUUGCUGACAAUCCCGGACUGGUUAAUAAGUCCUGCUACCAAGAUGGUUGGCUGAUAAAAAUGACAAUAUCAAUCCCAAAAGAACUGGACAGUUUAAUGGAUGAAGCAGCGUAUGAGAGAUACAUCAAAUCCAUAGAGGACUAGUAAUGAUCCAAAAACCACCUCACAUGCAUGGAUUCGACACGUUCACAUUCCCCUGUGGGAGAAAAGAAAAGACAAUACAUUCGACUGUGAACUGCCUAAUUCUUUAGUACUGAUUCUGUCUAAUUAAAGCCCACUGCUUUAGUUCAGCUAUAGAGGAAUAUUUCUGGCAAUAAAGGCACUAAAAGAACUCGCUGUAUGAUCCAGUGGUGACGAAUUAUUCAGUGAACUCUUACUGCAUUCCAGGUUGAAGUUAAUAAGAUGAUUAUGGUCCAGACUGUGUAUGGGAUGUCUGACACACAAUCUGCAUGCUGACUUAAUAUUUUUAUGGUUUUGUUGAGCAGUUUAUGAUCUGAACCUUCAUGUUUUUGUGUCGAGUCAGCAGCUGGUAGGGGAAGAUUACUAACUCUUAUUAAAACACUACUGAUUUUCUGAA